AUGAGCCAACCAGACAUGCAGUCUCUCUUCGAGUUGCCUGGCCCACGGAAGCGGAUGGACGAACGAGAACGAGAAGAAAUGGAGAAGGGACGCAAAAAAAAUUUUGAAAAAGGGCAAAAUGCAAAUAAAAUAGAGAUAAAUGGACGGGAGGAAGGGAGGAAGCGAAGCCCUUCCCUCCCGGAUCUCCACCGUCCCAUUCAUCUGCUCUGUUUCGAUACAGCUAGCAAGGCCAGGCCACGCCGUUACGAGACCGUCAGGGCCCUGUCUGUCCUGUCCUGGACAGUCCUGAACUGUUUCCUGUUUGUGCUGGGUAAGGUCUGCCUCCUUGUCUCGAGUGGCUUUCUCCUCCCACGUCCUGAUCUCCUCGAUUGGCUGCACAAUAGGGUUUUCCCUUGCGAGCACGCUGUGGCAGGAGAAUAA